AUGAAGGCACAACUUGCAGAAGCCAGCAAGCCAGACACAACAGCUGUUGUGUCUGACAUGCCUGUGGCAAGCCUGUUUAUGGAUCACCAGGUGGCCCUGAUGUGUGUCAGAGUGCUGAGGGUGAAUGCAGCACUCGGACUGAGUGCAGCAUUCCCCAUGGCACAAGCAAGUACCUCCCAACCCAACAUGAUGCCGGCAGCAGCAUUCCACAACUUUCCAGGAUAUGCACCUGGUGCAGAGUUGCUUCCCAUCCCCUCAAAGCUAGGGGCCAACUCAAUGACUGAGUCAAUAGCUGCUUCUCUCCCAUCUGGGAAGCCGCUUAUGGCUCUGGACUUGCAUGCCAACCCAGCAUUCAUUGAGAAGUACGCUGAGCCUUACUGGACUGUGGUGAAGGAGCACAAGAGGUCUGCCAGUCUUUCACAUGAACUGGAGGAGGUCCUGCUACCCAUAUUGGGGAGUCUCACCAAGCAGUUGACUGCAGCACAGUGCCCCACUGAUGUGGGGGGCUGUUAG